AAAUUUAAAAGUUCUUUCGUAUCGAUUCUCUUUGACACCUUUAACUGUCUUAAAAUGCUUUUGAACGUUGCCUCGGUAUUUUUUAUAGUCUUGCUUACCAACGUCUUAGGACAAAAAUCUACAACGUUUCCUGCGCCGAAAGACAACACAGCAAACCCUCAUAGUAGGUGUCGCAAGUGGCGAGAUGACUUCAAAAAAUCAAAUGGAGUGUCCGCUCAUCGACUUACUAGUCUCGAGACUUCUGCUUUGGUAGCAAAGACAGCCGAAGUAAACUCACAGAAUGACAUUGAACCUGCUAAUCGCAGUAAGAGAAUUUCCGGCUCUUCUGGUUUCACAGGUGCAUGCGGCGUGACCUACAGCGGUCAGGAUCGUAUGGUGUGCCUCUGGAAUGGUUCCUUCGGUAAAGAUGACCCAAACUAUGUCUCUGGAUGGCUCACUGGAGAACUUAAAGGCCUAAACAAUUGCUUCAAAACUGUUACUGUAACUGCCAAUGGUCGGACUGUAGACGCAACUAUUGCGGACGGGUGCGCUUUCAGUACUGGCAAACCUGUUGACAUUGAUCAUGGAUGUUCAGAUAUCUAUCUCUCUGAUCAGGUGAUGUCAGAUCUUGGCUUCACAGAUAAUGAUCAAGAUGUUAGGAUCACUUCAUGGGACUUUAAAACCGAAGUUCCAGCAAAUCAGCCGUGGUGAAGUUUGAUAGCGGUGUCCGUUCCGAGUCUUGAUUUAUUAUUGUUUAUGUGUUACGUGCGUGUUCAAAGACAAUCACACAAUGGUUUUUGAAUCUCCUUUUAAAGUUGAAUACUAUUUUGAUUCCAGAGACAAUUUCCUAUCAGUAUCCAAAGCUAUUCACUAUUAUCUUUUUUAUUUGCUCGUUUGAACGCUGAACUUCGUGAUAUGGAAUAGAUUCUUGUUCCAUCUG